CGUGCUGACGCUUCCGUUCCAAUGAGAUGGACCGGGGAGCUGCGGGAGGACGCUGGACGUGCAGGGGGCACCUCGUGUGCGUGGCUCUGUGCGUGGGCGCUCUCGAGCUGGUCUUGGCGCAGAUUCGGUACUCCAUACCGGAGGAGUUGGAGCACGGGGCUUUCGUGGGCAACAUUGCCGAGGACCUGGGACUGGAUGUGGCCAAACUAUCUGCUCGCAGAUUCAGGAUAGUUUCUGGCGCGAGGAAGCAGUACUUGGAGGUGAACCUGGAAAACGGCAUCUUGUUCGUCAACGAGAAAAUGGACCGGGAGGAGCUGUGCGAGCUCAGUCCCACUGGCACUUGCUUCCUGCACUUGCAGGUGGUGAUCGAAAGCCCGCUAGAACUGUACAGGGUCGAGGUCGAGGUUCAGGACGUGAACGACAACUCUCCGAGUUUCCCGUGGAGCGACUUCAACCUGGAGAUAACGGAGUCCGCGGCGCCCGGUUCGCGCUUCCCCCUGGAGAGCGCGCAGGACCAGGACGUGGGCACCAACUCGCUGCGCACGUACCUGCUGAGCGCGAACGCGCACUUCGCCCUGGACGUCCAGACCAGGAACGACGGCAGCAAGUUCGCGGAGCUCGUGCUGGAAAGCCCCCUGGACCGCGAGCAGCUCAAGACCCACCGCAUGGUGCUGACCGCCGUGGACGGGGGCGCUCCGGAGAGGUCGGGCACGGCGAAAAUCAGCGUCACGGUGCUGGAUGCCAACGACAACGUGCCCGUUUUCGAGCAGCCUUUCUACAGGGGGAGGCUGGUUGAAAAUUCUCCCAGGGGCACCCUCGUGCUGAAGCUGAACGCCACCGACCUGGACGAGGGCUCGAACGGGGAGAUCUGCUACUCGUUCAGCGGGCACGCGCCGCUCAGAGUGCGCGAGCUCUUCAGCGUGGACUCUCACACCGGUGAAAUUCGGGUGAAGGGGCUCGUGGACUACGAAAAAGCCCGCGUGUACGAACUGUACGUGCAAGCUAAGGACAAAGGUCCCUCGGCUGUGGCCGUGCACUGCAAAGUGCUCGUGGAUAUUUUGGACGUGAAUGACAACGCGCCAGAAGUCAUCCUCACGUCCGUGUCCACACCUGUCCAGGAGGACGCGCCUCCCGGCACCGUGAUCGCCGUCAUCAGUGUGAUGGACCGGGACUCCGGAGAAAACGGCGACGUGGACUGUCAGAUCCCGGGCAACAUCCCCUUUCAGCUUCACUCGUCCUUCAAAAACUACUACACUUUGGUCACGAGCGACUUCCUGGACAGGGAGACGGUGUCCGAGUACAACAUCACGCUGACCGCCAGCGACUUGGGAGCCUCGCCUCUCUUCACCAGGAAGACCGUUCUGGUGCAGGUGUCGGACAUCAACGACAACCCCCCCCGCUUCGUGCAGCCCUCGUACACCGUGUACGUGACGGAGAACAAUGCCCCCGGCGCUUCCAUUUGCUCCGUGACCGCCUUCGAUCCCGAUUCCAACCAGAACGCCUAUCUGUCCUACUCCAUCCUCGAGGACCAGAUCCAAGGCAUGCCCGUGUCCACGUACGUGUCCAUCAACUCGGACAACGGCAACAUCUACGCGCUGCGCUCCUUCGACUACGAGCAGCUGAGGAGCUUCCAGAUCCGAGUCCAAGCCCAGGAUGCCGGCUUCCCCCCUCUGAGCACCAACGUGACGGUCAACGUGUUCGUCCUGGACCAGAACGACAACGCGCCGGUCAUCGUGUCGCCUCUGCCCAGAAACGGCACCGUGGCCACGGAGAUGGUGCCGAGGUCCGUGGACUCCGGCUACCUCGUGGCAAAGAUCACGGCAGUGGACGCGGACGCGGGGCAAAACUCGCGCCUUUCCUACCAGCUCCUCCAAGCGACCGACCCGGGGCUCUUCAGCGUCGCCCUUUACACCGGAGAGGUGAGGACCAUCCGCAGAUUUGUGGACAAAGACGCCACAAGGCAAAGACUGGUCAUUCUGGUCAAGGACAACGGUCAGCCGCCCCUUUCGGCCACCGUGUCCAUCAUGUUGUCAGUAGUUGACAGCGUGCCGGAGCCCAUGUCCGACUUCGGCGACCUCCCGGCGAGCCCCCAGUCCCCCGGCAACCUCACACUUUAUCUGAUCGUGUCUUUAAGCACCAUAUCUUUCAUAUUUCUCGUGGCCAUCAUCGUCCUGGCAGCCGUGAAGUGCUACAAGGACAGAGAGUCCAUUCGGGAAUACAGCUCCUCGGUGGGCGCCUGCUGUGGCUUUCGGCACGAGCCGCCGUCGGACGUCUACAAGAAAUCCAACAUCAACGUGCAGAUAUCUUCUGGCAACAAAGUGCCCACCAACUGCGUGGAGGUCAAUGGCAGCGGAGCCCUGUCCCAAGGCUACUGCUACAAAGUGUGCCUGACCCCCGAGUCCGCCAAGAGUGACUUCAUGUUCCUCAAGCCGUGCGGCCCCACGAGCCCGCGGAACAACGCGAAGGGCGCCGAGAACCUCGUGUCCUCGUGGUGCGCGCACAAGCGCGGCACCGCUGCCAACAACGAGCCGGUCGCCCCGAGCGAGCUCAAGACGCCAAACGUGGACUGGCCUUUACCGAAGAACCAAAACUCCACCCUUAAAGGCUACAGCUCUGUUAACGCCGAGUGCACGCUAGUGCGGAAAGCCACGCGCGGAGAUCUGGACAGCGGCAUCGCACCUGCGGCCGGCCAGUACUGGACCUGGGGUACACACAUGCGAGAGUAUAAAAUGUCCCCUUCAUCCGCUGGAAUGUCGAACCGCCCCUGGACCCCCAGGUACGGCCUGCCGCAGCCCGUGGCCCCCCCACUGGACUAUCAGCACAAUGUGUACAUCCCCGGCACGCCGACCACACACUGCACGCUGAAGGCCGCUCAUCGCAGAGAUCUAGAUGUCAAUAACACUUUUUCAACAUUUGGGAAAAAAAGGAGAUUCAUGUCAACCUACGACCACAAAGAUGACGCUGUCAUAAACAACGACCUGUUCAAUAAGUAACAAUACUUGUCAUCAGUGUGCUGUUUGUGGGCUCUCCACGUGUAAAACUUAAGGCUUAGUUGGUCCAAAGUAAAUCAAAACUAAACAUCUCCAGGCCCAGUACGGCUGCUUAAAAGCAUAAAAACCACAUUUUAAACCAAAGCAUGCGCUGACUUAAUGACCUGGAUGCCUGAAGAUUGAUCUUUCAACCACCUGAAAUACAAAUCCAUGUACACUGUCUUAGGU